GCCCCGGGCUCGAGCCGUCCCCACUCCAGCAGCUGCGAGCCACGCCGUCCUCUCCAGCCCGCGGGGCUGCGCUGGCCCGAGCGAAGCUUGGAAAGCUCGAGCGAGCCUUUUGCACUGGGCAGCCGCUCCAGCGCGACUGCGAGGCGAGGCGAGGCAAGAGCCCUCCCUCCGCCGGCCAGCAGCUGCCCGGCUUCCUCCUCUUCCUCCUCCUCCGCCCUGUCCCAGAGCCUGCCGACGUGGCGCGGCGGGGACGCGGAAGGAGCUGGGGGCGCGUCGGCUCAGGCACAGCUCAGCUGCGAAGCGACACAGAGGAAGACUCAGUCCCUGCCUCAAGGAUGCAACAUUGAAAAUUGGAUAAACAAUACAGUUCAAACUCCUAAAUUUACUGAACAGGAUUUGAAUUCUCACCUCCAGUAUUGCUGUGGCUGCAGCUUUGAAUACAAACUUUAAAGAACCACACCAUUUUCAAGAAACAAGAAAUAAAAAUGUCUGAUGGUGCAAGUGAUGCAAUACCCGUUGAAGGAAAACCUGAAGUAAUGGCAAUGCUUAGCAGUGAUGUGUUGUCUAAUGAUGCAGCAGAACACAGUGAAACAGCUGGGAUCUUGCAUGGGUCUUUCCAAGAUGAACAGAGACAAGUUUCUCAUAAUACUAGUAAUGAACAAGAAGGGGACAUGGUUAUCAAUGAAAAUCCUUUGACUGCAGAAGUAAUUGCAAAUCAGCCUUCCAGUGGAGAGGUGACUGAAAACAUACCUACUGACUGCAGUGAGUCUGUGAGCCUUGAUCCUGAACCUGGAUCAGAAGUGACACCGAAUGAACAAAGCAGUCCAGAUUUGGACUCUCCAAAAGGAAGUGGAUGGGGAGCUUGGGGAUCGUGGGGCAAAUCUCUGCUGUCAACAGCAUCUGCCACAGUUGGUCAUGGAUUAACUGCAGUAAAGGAAAAAGCAGGGGCCACUCUAAGAAUUCAUAAUGCGAGUUCAACAUCUUCAGAAGGAGCACAACCUGCCACAAUUGAGAGCGAAACACCAGGGAUCAUAAAUUCCAACGAUGUCCCAGACCAGAGCUCUGUUGGGGCUUCACCCUCUUCUCCUUCAUCUGGAUCUCGUGGGAUGCUGUCAACAAUCACUAAUGCUGUACAGAACACAGGAAAAAGUGUUUUGACUGGUGGUCUAGAUGCUUUGGAAUUUAUCGGCAAGAAAACCAUGAAUGUCCUGGCAGAAAGUGAUCCUGGAUUUAAGAGAACCAAAAUACUGAUGGAAAGAACAGUUUCCUUAUCUCAGCUGUUGCGAGAAGCGAAAGAGAAAGAGAAGCAGAGAUUGGCCCAUCAAGUUACAGUUGAAAGGACAGUACAUUAUGGGCUGCUUUUUGAUGAGUUUCAAGGUUUGUCCCAUCUUGAAGCUCUGGAAAUUCUGUCAAAUGAAAGUGAAGCCAAGAUUCAGUCAUUUUUAACAUCACUUAAUGGAGUGGAAUUAGAAACUGUGAAAAAUGACUUAAUUGCUAUUAAAGAGAUCUUCAUUCCAAAGGACUCAAAUAAUGAAGAGGAUCAAGAAAAAAAAGCAGACAUGGAAGAAGAGUUUGUUAGCAUGCUUACUGAGCUUCUGUUUGAAUUGCACGUUGCUGCCACUCCUGACAAACUUAAUAAGGCUAGGAAAAAAGCUCAUGACUGGCUGGAAGAAACCAACUUCUCCACAUCACUAGACUUGGAAGAGAAGCCAGAGGAAAACAAACAGGAGGAACAAAAGACUGAACAAGGAGGAGGAGAUGGUGGUGAUAAAACAGAAGAAAAGAAAAAUAAAACUGUGGAGGAAGUCUACAUGCUAUCUAUUGAAAGCCUUGCUGAGGUAACAGCUCGUUGUAUCGAACAGCUUCAUAAAAUAGCAGAGUUAAUUCUUCAUGGGCAAGAAGUGGAAAAGACAGCCCAGGACCAAGCAAAAGUUAUGACAAAUUUAACAAGUGCCAUGUGCAAUGAAGUGUUGUCUUUAUCUAAGAAGUUUUCUGAUUCUUUAACUGCCACCGGGAGCAACAAAAAGGCAGAGCUCCUUAACCCAAUGGUCAAUAGUGUGCUAUUAGAGGGCUGCAACAGCACUACUUAUAUUCAGGAUGCUUUCCAGCUAUUGCUUCCGGUUCUUCAGAUUUCACAUAUCCAGACCGAUUGUUUGAAAGCACAAGAGUGACAGUUUCCCAGCAGUUGUCAUCACUGUGUGUAAAAGAAACCACAAACCUAAUCUCUUUAAUGUAUGCAGUUUGAAGAGAUGGCACAAAAGAUGUCUGGCCACUGAAGGGCCUUUUGAGGACAAUAAAAGCCGUUUUGCACAUGCAGUACUGAAAAACAUUUGAGAAAAAUCAAAUAGAAGUUCUUUAACUAGAUGUAGUUACUAGAAUAGGUAAUUUCUUUUCAAGUUAGUAUAUAUUCUUCACAUUAAUUUAAACUGAUGAAGUGUUUAUUGAAGUUAGUAUCGACUUCAAUAUGAAGGAGGUAAUUAAUGUUGACACUUUCAAUUCUAAACAGUGAUGUCUGAAGGAAAUUUGAAAACAAUGUUUUUUAAACAUUUUGGACCUGAUGCACCAUUUCAUUUUAAUUCUCAGUUUAAAAUGUUUACUUUUGAAAGUUAGUUUCUGUAUUUAACCUUCAUUAACUCUCAAGUUAACUUAAGCAAAUGAACUCUGUUUUGAGCAUUCCAGUAUUAUUUCUUCAGUGACAGUCUGAUAGUAGUCCUUAGCACUCAUACCGUGCUUUUGGUGUUCAAAGAGCUGUACAACAUUAAGCAAACUUAAGCUAAUGAAAAUUAUGAAAAAUAUGCAUAUCAGACAAUAUAGUGACGUGAAAUUGUCUGAGCCAGUUAGAGCGUAGGCAAAACUGUACACGUGCUAACCCAUAAUUGUAUACUUACUGUAUUUAUGCCAGUCCCUUCACUCUGGCCGAAAGACAUUAAAGACCAGAGUAGAGGGAUUUGUAGAGUAAUCAUAUAGUUAUUUCACAACUACACAGUAAAUCAGAAAAUACCUUCACUUUGGUUGACAGAACUCCCAAUCUGUGUGCCCAUAACAAACAAAUUGCCUCAUCUUCUCAGCCUUCUCCCCAAUCUAUCAUUUCACCUAAAUCUGGACUUUAAAUACAGGUUUUUUUUAAUAAAAUGGAUUACUGCUAGGGAGGGAUUGGAACUAAGUUUUCCUAUAAGGGUCAAAGAGGAGGAGAAGGAGUUAUGAGAAGGUUGAGUUGGGUGGAGUGACAAUGUGGGGAGGUCACAAGUUGAAGCAUGUUGUGGGAAUAUGGAAGAGGAAUUCUGUGCACAGAGCCAACCUGAGAGGGUGGAAAGCACAUUUCAGUAUAACAGUAAUUUAAGGGUUCUUGUGUUAAAUUUGGUGAUAUCCAUAUUUGGGCUUAAUAAAUUUGCAGUCUUCAGCCUCAGGGUUUAUUUUGCCCAGGUUAAAAUUAUCUCAUGACAAUACAAACCUUCAAUUAUUUAAGUAGCCGGUUCUCCUGAAUUGUCUGUGUUUAUUACAUUUUUCUAAUGUAAUUAGAAUUUAACUAAUAUAACUGUAAUUCAUAUUGAUAUAGUGAUGAGCUCUAUUUAAAUAUUGUAAAAUUGUAGCUAACAUCUGAAUGUAUUUAAUCGUUGAAGCAAUGUGUUCACACAUCAUAAACAUAAUCCGAAUAGAAUACUAGGAAAUGUUAUAAUUGUAUUUGUUAGAAAUGAGAAGUCAUCUAUCUGCGUAGGCAUGGUAACUGUAGGGAGCCUAAAUAAGAGAUGACAGAAAGCAGGUCUGUGUCUCUGCCUUACAUAAUGAGGUCCAUGUUCUGCUGUUAUCUGUGUAGUGACUCUGUUUAAUAUUUCAUCAUUUAGAUGGGAGAUACUCAUUAUGUAGUUCUGUGGUUUGUUAUGCACAAUUUCUGUUCUGCCUGUGCAGCUGAACUUGGUAAGCUAAACCUGACAUUCAUUGUUACUUACACCAUCUUGAAAUAAUAGCCCAAUAUGAAACAGAGGAGCACUUGGGAAAGUGUAGAAAAGCUACUGUAAACUGGUAGGCAAAUUUACUGGCUGGGAAGCUGAAUAAAGCUCUCAACAGUAGCCCUCUUUACUCAAGGCUUGUUUUAUUUCCAAAUACUAGUCCCAAAACAAAAGCAAAUAAAUUCGAAAUAUUAGGUAUUAACUGCCCAAAUUUUUCCCAGCCUCAACCAGUUGGGAAGGGAGAGGACACAUCCUUCCCCUUUGAUAGCCCCACGUAGCUACUACAGAGAGACCCACACUAAGACUUCCUAGAACCUAGGUUUCUCCUUUUUGUUCCCCUGCCCCAGAGAGAAGAAGCUUUGUACUUCAUUUCCAUAUACCAGGUCACAUGUUUUCUUCUAGUCAUGUGCCCUGCACCUGCAGCUCCCAGUUUUAAAGGGCACAAGUCCACAAGGGGUUCACUGGGAUAUGCGCAUGCCUCCAAGGCCUAGUGCCUUGCUACAGGUACCUCGUUAUUUAAAGUAAUAUUUUUGUUUAAUCACAAUGUUGUCAAACCAGUAUACAGUGCAUGAUUAAAACCCUGUUUUCAUUUUAAAGAGAGAGUAUCACAAAAGGAAAAGUGCCUUUAUUUAUCAGUUAUUACGUUUUAGAAGUUAUUGACUUUAAAUUAGUUUGACCAUUAAUUAUAGUUGAGAAAAGCCUUUCAGUCCAAACCAGACAUAUCAGAAUUGUGCAUUCGGUAUGGGUAAGUGUGUUAUUGCUGUCAAAUGAAUUGUUACUAAGGAAUAGUUAUGGCAGUUUCAUAUUACCCCUAUGCAGAGGUUAAUCUUUUUGGAUUUAAAAUUGGGCAAGUGUCUCAGGUUUCCUCUGGGGUCCAGAGCAAGAUACAUAUAGUUGAACCUGACAAGGAAACAGUGAAGGGGACAGCAAAAAUCGGUUGUCUAAUAAUAAUAAAAAUGUUCUUUUAACUAAAGGUUGAACAGAAUUGUAUGGGAAACCCUAGGGGAUACUGUAAGGAGCUGUUGAGGGAAAUUAUUUGAGACAGGGGAUUUCUUAUUUAAGGUGGUUUUUAGAACAGGUUUCACUGUAUUACUUAAAUUAUGCAUGUAGUGUAUCAGUGCUUUGACCUUAAGUGAAAAUAAUUUUUUUAAAAAAGAAAACUAUAUAUGAAAUUCCUUGUAAAAUCUGCACACGGAAAAUCUCAAACUACUAAACCCUAAAUACUUAAUUUAAAAAAAUCGUGUUUAUGAAAGUCACUUAUACUCAUGGACAAACCAAUUUUUCAUAUUGUGGAACAUGAUAUUUGGUUGUUGAGUAAUGAUUCACUUUUACUAUCCAGAGAUGAAGGCUUCAGAAUAAGCUAGGCUUUUACGUGCACUAGGUUGAAAUAGUGUUUGGGCUGGAAUGUCUGCACAUUUGCAAACCUGCAAAUAAUCCCAGCUAUUUCAGGAGACUGCUUCUAGCUCAUAUUUUAGUUGGGUUUCAAACUAUUUGACAGGGCAUUUUUUAUAUGUCUGUAUCAAAAGUAUUUGCAUUUUUUUUCCAAAAUGGAAAAAAGAAAGGUAUAAUUUAUUUGUUGCUGCUAUUUGCUGUUCAAUUAUAAAUGGCUUUUCUCAGUGAUUGACUCCUGCAUCCACUGCCUAAUACAGUUGAACAAAGGAACUGCCACUUCCACUUUUUUGAAGUCCCUUAGAUUAGCCACUGAUUAUCUUUUUCUAAAUUGUAAAACAUACCUCUUUCUUUUUUACUUGUAAUAGAUGAUUGCAGCCAGCAGCAUUUCCGAUGUUUUAUUAAUGAUGCCAGUGUCAUCAACAGGUCAGGCUUCAUAACCGCUUUAAUGAGUCUGAAAGGUAGACGAGUCCUGUUUUGACACAUUAGAGAACUUUUACCUUUGUCUGACUCACAGAAGCACUUUUUAUCACAUGAACAGUCACCCACUAGUAGUAGUAUUUAUGAGCCAUUCUAUUUUUAAUUCAAAAUGACAGCCCUGUCUCUUCUGUUGGUCUCAAAGGAAUGGAAAGACUGGGUAAGGACUUUUCUGAGAUCUUUUUAAAGCCAUCUCAGAGCAAGGCUUAAAGUGACACUGUCAACUAAUUUGACCUACUUGGAAAUGGUUGCGAUCUGACUGGAAAGCCCUCUGGACUUUAAACAAGUAUAUUUCUUUUUUGCCUAAAAAUCAAAUUCUGCUACUGAGAAUAUGAGGACUAAAAUAACCACUCUUAUCAUAGGCCCUAUGUAUUUGCAUUAUUUUGAUACCUGACUCAGCAUAUCAAC